AUGCUCUAUCAUAAUAAUUAAGAAUUCCUAGAGGAGCAAGAAUUAGUAUUGACUAACUUGAAAUAGAAAUAAUAUUUACAAUUCGAUAUGGUUAACUCAAUUUCAAACUUUGUCAAAAAGGUAUAUUAUUUUAGUAGAUAAAUUAAUUUAGACUGCACUGACUUAGAUUAUUUGUAAGGCAAAUGCAAGGUGAAUUUUGAGCACUGUUUCAAGACUCUACUUAUGAAUAAUGAAUUAAAAGAUAAACAAAUAAAUGUCCAUGAUUUAUUACCACUUUUCAACAAUCCUAAGUUUAUUAAAGCAUUGGUCUAUAAGAAUUUUCAUCCUUGCUAGAUAUCGAAUGACCAGAUAAUUAUGAAUUAGAUUAGAGUAGGACUCAAAUGCUUUGAGAUAUAUCUAAUCAUUAAGAAUAAAGAGAAAUUCUUUUAACACAUAAAAGAAAGUUUUAAGCAAUAAAAUGCUAAUGGUUCAAGCAAUAUUGAAAAUAGUGAAUUUCCUCUCAUUAAGUAAUAGAACUGCAGAUGCAAAUAAGAUUAGAAAUGUAAUGAGGCUGACUGCCCAUGCUAUAGAGAUUAUUGCUUCACAGAAUCUUGCCUUUGUAAUCCUAAGAACUGCACUAGGAUAUUUUAAGGUUGCCAAUGCUACCCAGACACAUGCUAAUCUAAUGAUAAAUGCCCUUGCUUUCGAGAAAAAAGCUUUUGUGAUCCAUAAGUUUGCUUUUCUUGCUUUUAAUAAGAAUCAGUGCUAUUACAAAAAAAUUCUAUAGAUCAACAAAAUCCUAUUCCUAAAUGCCUUAAUAAGAUUGAUUUUAGCAUGAUUAGUAAAAUGAGAUUUGGAUUAGGUCAGAGUGAUAUUCCCAACAGUGGUCUUGGCUUAUUUACUUUAUAAAAUAUUUAAAAAGGAGAUUGUAUCGGGGUCUAUACUGGUGAGUUUGUUGAUUAGAGUAAUGAUGAAUUUCAAUAUGAAAGAAGAAGCUUUUACAGAGAAUUCAAAGCUCCUUCAUAUAUAUUUGAUUUUUCAGACGGUGGGUUUACAGAUGCAAAGAGUAUCGGAAAUUUAAUGAGAUACAUCAAUCACUUAGACAUAAAAACCAAGAAGGUUAAUGUUGAUAGUAUUAUUAAAAAACUAAAAGGAUAAAAUGUGAUAUUAUUUAGAGCCAAGUCAGAUAUAAAGUCAGGAUAAGAACUUUAUCUGAAUUAUGGCUCUAAAUUUUUCAAUCUAAAAAGUGAGAAUUAUGAUGAUAUUGAUUAAGACUAAGAAAUGAUUGAUGAAUGUGAAUAAAUUGAUACUUCAACUAGAAGAUGA